CACCCUUACGAGCCCCUACGCAUCCAUGAACUCUUACUGCCACGACCUCUCCACCCUGCAGGACCUCGCUUGUCGCGGUGCGUGGCGGACCAUCGUUGACAAGGUGGCGCGUUCACGCUCACUCUCCCUCCUCUCCAAGCCCCACGAGCACCUAAUUUACCUCACUUUCAACCUCCUCUCCCUCGUCAAGCUCCGCCGCUACUCCGACGCCCAGCAAGAGCUCCGAACUCUAGACGACGAUCUUGAUUCCAAGCAAUAUUUGUACGAGUCGUAUCCGGAUCAUUACCGGAAUCACGAAUCCGGAUCCAUGGUCCCUUUCGCGCUCCGUUGGUUGCACGCUCAUUUGCCUUUUACCCUAGGUGACCGCCAAUUAGCCCUCGAUCGCCUAUAUACUCUCCUGCAUUUCAUCCGCGAUAAGAAGUUGCCCCGAAAUCGUGAUUCAACCAGUGAAGUUUCAUUAACCCUUUGGAAGAAGCGUGAGGAAUUUGUAGUCAAUACGAUUAUAAGUCAUCAUUUGAGCCAGAAGGAGUUCAAGGUAUGUCUGUCUUUGUUGAGGGCGGAGAUAAGCAAAAAUGAGGAUCCUUUACUUGUGUCGAAAUUGGGGUACGUGCAAAUGCAAUAUGGUGAUUUGGAUGGGGCAAAGCGGAGUUUUGAAGUGGUUGAGAAAAUGGUGAUGGGGAGUGAUAGUGAGAAUGUGGAGUUGAAGAAUUUGGUGAGUAGGAACAAGGCAUUGAAGUAUUUGGUUGCGAAGGAUUAUGUCUCGGCUGUGAGGGAAUAUGAGGAGUGUAUAGAGAGGGAUGGAUCGGAUGUAGUGGCUAUUAACAAUAAAGCUCUAUGUUUGAUGUAUUUGCGGGAUUUGUCGGAUUCGAUUAAGGUGUUGGAGAGUGCAUUGGAGAGGGUCCCGACUGUGGCGCUGAAUGAGACAAUUGUGGUGAAUUUGUGCAGUAUGUAUGAGUUGGCACAUGUAAACCAUGCAGAUAUAAAGAAGACUCUCAGCACUUGGAUUGCGAGAGUGGCUCCAGAUGACUUUGAUAGUUCGUGUACCAGGAUAUGAGGUGCAAGUGUUUUAAAAUGUAGAGUUGCUUGUUCUCAUCUGUUGCUGGACUGGAAAACGCGAUAGCAUCUUUCAGAGAUUACAGUGUUCUGGUUCUUUCUCUUAAGGGGCUUGAUUUGGAGACAAGUGUUGGCAACAUGAUAGGAUGAAACAACAGGUCCUUACCUAUCUUGCCAGACCAGAGUGUAAAAGACAAGGUGUCGGUUUGGGGUUAUGAAGUGUCGUCUUGGUAUGUUCUUCUGUAAUAUGUACUUUGUUAUACAUUUCUUAAAUGGAAAAUCAUUGCCAGUUUUCCUGGUAGACAAUUAGAUCAUAUAUCGUGAUCUCAGCAGUUCACUACACAACAUCGUCAUAUUUUAUGAUUCUGUAAUUCACAACCCAUAUGUAUAAGGAUGCAAAUGAACAGCAUGAAACUUUCCUUUC